AUGGUGUCCGCCAUGACAGAAGAUCCUUGCCCUUCCCUCACAGCUGAGAAGUUCACUCUUCGUCUGAUUCCGGAGAAUAAUAAUGUGCCCGCAGUUCUGGUAGACCUUGUCAAGGCCGCAGGAAGAAAAUACAUAUAUUUAAAAUUUGGGAACAGAGUUGCGGGCACCACGGAGUACAAUCUCUACACCGUACCAGUCGGUCUUUACACGGAGAUUAGACCCAUGGGUAACUGGACAGAGAACAAGGGGCUUACUGUAGAUUGGGCGUGGCAACAUAUCACCAAGCUCUUUCGAAGUAAGCUGACCGACUUUGGCGGAGUCAACUUACGCAUUGCUGUUGACAAGGAGUCACAUCCGUACGUAAACCGCAGUGAGUCUGGCAAUAACUCGUACCACGGAAUGAUGGUUGACAUGCUGGAGGAUUUGGCGAAGGAGCUCAACUUCCGAUACACUUUCGUGGAGGCAGGUGAUGGGUUUUACGGUGCCAAACGGGCUGAUGGUUUGUGGUCCGGUACGGUUGGCCUGGUAGUCAGAGGGGAAGCUGACUUUGGUGCAGUUCCUUUCACAGUUACCAAGGAGCGAAGUGAGGCUGUAGAUUUCACGACCCCAUUUCAACAGGAGAGCUUGUCAAUUAUUAUGGCAGCGCCCAAAGAGACCCCCAAUCAGUUCCAGUUUCUCAAACCUUUUAACUUUGAUGUUUGGUUAUCACUGAUAGCUGCUCUUCUAAUUGCUAGUGUGGGACUAGUCUUUAUAAGUCUUAAAAGCCCGACCCAGAUACAGCACGAAGCGAACAUCCUACAUGUCGAGCUGGAGAGAAGUGUUCUAGAAAAUAUAUUUUUGAUAAUCAGUUCUUACUUCGAGCAAGGACCAACUUUCUACCCGACUUCAGUGUCGGGCCGGUGUUUGCUGAGUUUCUGGUUUGUCUUCACGAUCCUCACCAUGGCUAUGUACACGGCUCACCUAGCGGCUGUGUUAACUGUGUCCACACCUGUCCGGCCGAUCAACUCUCUACAGGAUCUUGUUGAUCAGAGUGACUUGCCAGUGUACUGCCUUACUGGAACUAACACUUAUACAGUUCUCACAAUGGAUCGUAAAAGAUGGAUCAAUGUGGACGAUGUGUUGGCAGUUGUUGUGGCUUCUGACAGCGAGUGUGAUGAGCUGUCCGAGGAUGGUGCUGGUGAGGAAGUAGGAAGAGAUACCGGAGACACUGGCAUUUCACUUCUCCCACCGAAUAUGGCUAGUUCUGAUCAGGAUAAAUGA